AUGGCAAAUAAUGCGUAUAAUUAUCAUCAUCCAAUCAUGAUGGAUAAACAAGAAACCGACCUGAUGGAAAUAGAUAAUGAUGUGAUCAUGGGGGAAACAGACUACUCCGAUACUAGAAUCCCUGAAACCUCAGCAAACAUACUACAAACUUUAUUACAACAAGGAAAAAUCGCAUCGGAUAAAUUAAAAUAUCUUCUACAGGAUCGCGAUAAAGAUGCCGAUGAUAGUCAAAAAGCUAUUGAUAAUGAGGGACAAAUUGCCAGAAUUAACGAUUCUUCAUCAACCCUCAACUAUCAGGAUGAGGUUAACAAGGCAACCGCAACUUUGUCACGACUAAAUUAUCUGGUGAAUUUAGCAAACUUAUCCAAGAAUCAAAACGUUGAGGAAUCGCUACGUCAAGGUUAUAAAGCCUUGUCCACAAUGCAAUCAAAAAUUUCACAACAAGCUAGCUCUAUAUCUUACAUAAAUCAAGAUAUCAAUAGAAUUGACUGCGAGGUUCAAAAUCAUAACAAAGUAUCUCAAGAGAUGAGGCAAGCAAUUGCUGCUCAAGAACAAACCUUAAAGAAUACUGUAAAUAAGAUACAGAAGGAACUACAUGAACAUAAAAUCCUGGUUGCAAAGCAACAAAAAUUAGAAAAGGAAUUACUACAGAAAAAAAUACGACAGGAUUUCAUGGUAGAUGGAAGUUUGACGGCAUCCGCAAUUUUCUUAGUUAAUUCCUUUUUUGUCGACUUUCCCCUAAAUGUUGCCCUGUCUGUUAUCAAUGCAAGGAAAACAAGGAUAUGGCUGCGAAAUGCCAUCAAGAUAAUGAUCGUUUUACGAUUUUAUGCCUAUUUCAAGCCUUGGUUGAUUCAACAUAAUAUUCACAAUAGGGUUGGGUCUAUGAAAAAGUAUGCCAUUGAAUUAUUUUAUAUGAUGACUGGAAAGCCAUCAUUACUAUCUACACCACAUGCUGAUUCUAAAGAGCAAAUCACACAAUCUACUCAACAAGUCAACUGCGACAAUCUUAAUGGUAGUCAGCAAUCGUACAUGAGUGGUAUUCAAACUCCUGUCAAAGUAAAUUCAAACUUUCCGGGGAGUGGACAGUAUCCCUCGUCUCCAUAUUAUUCACCUUUCUCCCAACACCAUGGCUCUAUCAUUUCAGCUUACCCAAUCGAUGCUCCAGCCCAUGUUGGUCACAACAUGUACACUCCCGUUCAGAUAGUGGCAAGUAAUCAAGACACUGUGGUACCGGUAUCACCAAAUUAUAGACUUACAGAUGUAUGCAAUAAUUACCGGGAUUUAGAUGGUAUAAAUCAACCAACAGUGCAAAUGCAGCAAGUGCUCCCAAUGCAAGUUGCUACCGCAUCACAAAAUAAUUGUGAUAGUAUGAGAUCAAACUUGAGUGGAUUAUUAAGUACAAUUGCAAAAUUUUCAAUCUGA